UCAACUCAGCUCAACAAUGGCGACCUCCUCUUCUUCUUCCCUCUCCUUCUUCACCUCCUCCAUCUUCCUCACUUCCCACAAACCCCUCUCCUUCGCCACCCUCCGCUCCAACUCCCUCAAAUCCCCCAAACCCCUAACCCUAACCGCCGAGCUCGCCACCCUCCCGGUCCUCUCCUUCACCGGCGACAAGGUCGGCGAGACCUUCCUCGACCUCAAGUCCGCCCUCCCCGACACCGCCCGCGCCGUCGUCCACCGCGCCAUCAUCCACGACCUCCAGAACAAGCGCCGCGGCACCGCCUCCACCCUCACCCGCGGCGAGGUCCGCGGCGGAGGGAGGAAGCCCUACCCGCAGAAGAAGACCGGCCGGGCCAGGCAGGGCUCGACCCGGACGCCGCUCCGACCCGGCGGAGGAGUCGUGUUCGGGCCCAAGCCCAGGGACUGGAGCAUCAAGAUUAACCGCAAGGAGAAGCGGCUGGCGAUUUCGACGGCGGUGGCGAGCGCGGCGGAUAAUACGAUUGUGGUGGAGGAUUUCAGCGAUGAGUUUGAGAAGCUGGAGAAGCCGAAGACGACGGAGUUUAUUGCGGCGAUGAAGAGGUGGGGGCUUGAUCCCAAGGAGAAGACGACGUUCUUUAUGCUGGAGGUUGCGGAUAAGGUGAAGCUUUCGAGUCGGAAUAUUGGGACUUUGAAGAUGUUGACUCCCAGGACGUUGAAUUUGUUUGAUAUUUUGAAUGCUGAUAAGUUGAUUCUGACGCCGGAGACGGUGGAUUAUUUGAAUGGGAGGUAUGGGGUUGAUUUCGAAGGCGAGACUGAGGAUGAUGAGGAAGAAGAAGAAGGAACUGUGGAGGAUGAGAGUUCUGAUGCAGCAGAAUGAAGAAUUUAUUUCAACCGCUUUUUUCCUCCAAAAAUUGACCUAGGAUUCAUUUCAAUUUAUCCUGGUAAGGGUCUGUGCCUUCUAAGUAACAAUGAUUUCUGCUUGGAUUGACUAGAUUGCAGGCUGGUUUGGUGAACUGAGUGUGCAUCAUUUUUGUUUGUAAAAAUUUGCAAAUUAGAUCAAUACAAGUGUAUUUACUUGGACAUCAAUGUUGUAUCUUUUAGUCAGUUAUCCCGAGUAAUAUCUGUUGGCUGCAACUUUUUCAUCAUUCCGUUAGUAUCUUUCUUGAAUCUAGAUAUUAUAUGCUUAUGUGCCCUUUGUUUGUG